CAUCUCAAAAAAUAAAAUACUUAACAAAUAUCAUAUUCAAAAUAAUAUUAAAAUUAGUCACUAGGAUAAAUUAUUAGAUUCAGAGAAAAAAAAUUCGCAGCAAGUGACAAUUCCCAAAAUCCCCAAAUAUUGACCCAAAGAUAACGAAAAAAUUAAUUUAACCCUAAAAUAAUAAAUGUGUAAUAAAUUAACCAAUAAUUAGUAAAUUACUGAUAAAAUGUGUAAAAUUUGAUACACGACACUAUAAAUACCAGUGUAUUUAAUAGAUGAAUAACUAGUAUAAUUUAAUGAUAAUUUGAGUCAUAUGAGUGAUGAAAGGGAGUAUGGAAAUUUUGUAAUUUCUGAGAAUUUAAUUAAUCGGGAAUUGGGGUCGGAUGUUGUUUCAGAAGACGAAAUUACCAUAACAAACAUCGAAAAGAACAAAAUAAUAAGAAUAAUAAUCAGGAAAUUGCUUUAUCAGUCACCUUUCCCUCUAAAAUAUGAAGAAUUAAAGGCCAUUGUAAAGGAACAUCUUCCUUACAAGUUCAAUCCAAAACUCAUAAAUCACCUUCUGUAUGAAAUUAAACACUUAUUAAGUAACACUUUUGGCCUUUAUCUAGACGAUGUUAAAUUCCAACCCAAUAAGAGGGAAUUGAUUUUGAAGCAAACAGUAUCAUUUAAACACCAUGAUUUAAAAACAUUAACCGAAGGAGACCACGAGUUAAGAGGAUUUAUUCUAUUACUUGUUCCCUGCUUUAAAGCCUAUAAUAAUAUUUUAACCCUGAAGUUUCUCUGUGAUUUAUUCGUUAAAAUCCAUAAAGUUCACAUGGUUCCAAGAUGCACUGAAGAGGAAAAGGAUUUAAUAACAGUUUUAAAAAUGGUUAAAAGGAAAAAGGAGGUUAAGUACACUUCAAAAGAGUACAAUUAUAUAUCGGAUUACAUUUUAUACGCCAAGGAUUUGUCUUAUAUUAACAUUGUGUACAAUAGCGAACAGACUGAUUUGCUUGCAUCAGUAAGCGUUGUCCCAGGGUACAGGCUAAGUUCCGAAUUUGACAUGGAAAACUUUGUUGCUGUAUUCAGAAGACUGGACCAAGAUAAAUAUGAUAAAGCACUUAACAUAUUCUUUGAAUGACAUACUACUAUU